AGGGAAGGUGGUUCUGGGCUACACGGAGCUGGAGUUGUGUAUGAGAGGCUCUGGAUACCAGUUCAUCCACGCUGCUGACAUGAUGUACUGUGCCGACAAUCAUGUCAGAAUGAUAAAGACAGGUGAGAGUGGUCUGACUGUGUUUAGGCUCCUGGCCAAGAAUGGUGUGUGGAUCUGGGUUCAGGCUAAUGCCAGACUGAUCUACAAGGGAGGGAGGCCCGACUUCAUCAUGGUCAGACAGAGACCGUUAUCAAAUAAUGAGGGUGAGGAGCAGCUUCGCCAGCGGAGACUCCAGCUGCCCUUUAACUUCGCCACUGGGGAAGCUGUUCUCUACGAGGUGGGCCCCUCUCUGGACGUAGCUGACAUUCCAACCCAGAGCAAGGGCCCUAAGAUCAGGAAGAUGGKCGAAGAAAUGGCCCUGGACCCCGACUCCCUGCUGGGCUCCAUGCUGAGGCAGGACCAGGCCAUCUACACGCAGACCAGCCCCAGCGAGCCCUCCAUCGAGCCCCCCAACCCUCAGGAGCUGUGCUCCUGGGAAGACCAGGCCUUCAGCAACAGCCACGCAAUGGCCAACGUGCCUGGUGAUUCCUGGCAGUCCCAACACCCCACUAUGCCCAGGCCGGACGCGGGCAUCAGGGAGGAGUCCACUGUCCAGGACCUGAUGGAAACACUGCAGCAAAUCAUCGGGGACAACACCCUGUGUUCCAGCCUGGAUGUGGACCCCACAGAGCUGAAGGACUGGGAGAACACUCUGCUGAAGAUGAGCUCCAGCAACUGUGAGAUGUCCGAGGACCUUGAUGACAURCUCAACCAUGACAUCCUGUCGUAUGUGGAGGAACAUCUCUUCAAGGAGAACGGAGGACUCAAGAUGCCCGAGCAUCUGGGRUCACUGCUGGGGUCCGUCAGUGUCAACAACCCUCUCCUGGAGGUACCAGAGUGCCUUAAAAAUGUCGACCUGCAGGGGAAUACCAUGAUGCCUGGAGGAAAGGGCUUCAACUGGGGGGUUGAUCCCCAGCAGAACCAGUUGCUUGGGAUGGGAGGCUUGAGUGCGGCUGAAACAGUGAGUAACGUUCGGGGCAUGAUGAYGCUGACACACAUGGGCUCUCAGAUGGGAUUGAACYGCCCCACACUCCAGCAGGCUUCCUCCAGGAACACAUUUGCCCAAUCCCUGGGAGAGAACCUGGACCUGCAGAGCAACGCUAACCCUCUGGCCUUUAACCCUGCCCUGGCUGGCUCCUGUGCCCAGGUGCGGCAGAACCAAGCCAAAGGUAGGCAGCAAGGCRUCCGGGCCUCUGAGAUCCUGUCCAGCCCUGGUAACGGGCUGGCGUCUUGUUCCCUGAGACAACAGAUGCAGUCAGGCCUUGCCAAUCGGAGCUCUGCCACUCAGGUCAUCCCUGCUCCUAUGGGUCUGCCAAUCCAGAACCAGCUGCUGGGGUGGGGCAUGAAUGAUCAGCCAAUGCGAUUCCAGYACCAGAGCUCCAUAAGCCAAUCAGAUCCCUUUGCCGUGCCCGGUCAGGAAACCAUGUGGAUGCCCUUGCCCUCCUCCAUGRCCAAUACCAACAUGGUGGCCGACACCUUGUUGGAAACMUUUGCCCAGAAUAUUUCAAAUCAACCAAAAGAUGUCAUUCUAGAUCCCAACCCGGCUAGCUGCCUACAAGGACACUUUUCCCUGCAGACCCAGCAACAGCAGCAGCAGCAGCAACAAAUGCUGCCCACGAUGUUACACCAACAAAAUGGACACCAACACAAUGUCAUGGGCYGCUUUUAUAACAACCAGGUGUCUGACUUCCAAAUUGCUCCCCAGCUCCCUAUCCCUGGGCUCGAGGCCCAGGCACAGCAGAACUCUCAGGCCCAGAACUACAACAGGGCUCAAACAAUAUCAGGCCAGUACAGGCCUCAAAAGACCUCUGCUGUCGUCACCCCUCCUCUCGUCMCUUCCAACAGCUGCAUGUUCAGCAGCACCAACCCCCWCCCGGUUCCUGUCAACYGGGUCUGUUUAACCCCCAACACGMCCUUUGGUUCCCUGGUCCCAUCCUCCUGUCAGAGGGCCACGGCCCCCCUCCACGACCACAGUCCCUCCCAGGCCUCCUGCUACUUCCAGAGGAACUCCAGCGGGCCCAUCGUGGGGUCCUCGGCAAUCCCACAAGGUGACACCAACAUCAGCCCUCUGUCCUGUCAGGUGGGGCCUGGUCUAACCCCUGGGGGCUUCACACCAGACAGCCUGCUGGUCCAGCAGCAGUACCUCAACUGCAACGGGCAGACACAGGUCACAAACUGUCCAAUGGAGGAAAACAUAUCGUUCCAGUUCCCGCCCCUGCCCAACYGAACCACAUACUUCUCAGAGAACAACCAAACCAACUGUUGCGACUUCUAGAAGGUUCUACAAGGAGGAAGAACCCGCGGCCUUUUCCGCGGCUGAAUGGAAUUUGUUGAGAUACUGAUGAGUAGCCCUCUUUGCUAAACAAGCAGAUACACGGACACAUACAGACUCACACAGCCAGGUGCCUUUGGGGAUUCUACCACCACCAUGUCUUACMUCACCAAGGAGACUGGCCAAGAUGGCUUCCUUCAUUUCUCUUCUAUGCGUCUCAAAUGGUAUGUUUGGAUGCAAGAUACAAGGCGUUUGGACCAGAGGGUCGUGUGUCUUAUUUUUCUUCUGCAACCAGACAGAAGCUCCAGUGGCUGUCACGAGCUCCUCCUUGACUUGCUUUCUCCUUGGGUGGGCAUGCCCUGGUCAAAAGUAGUGCACUAUAUAGGGAAUAGAGUGCCAUUUUGGACAUACAGUCACGUCUGGUCGAUGUGGAGGAAAGAMAAUAUAUUUAUUGGUUGUUUUGAAUUGUGCCUCUUUGUGCCUCCGAUGUUAAAGAAUUGCCAGAAGAUUUUGGAAAGGAAAGACGGAAGAUGAUGAAGUAAGCAGUAAUAGGGAAAAAGAGAGAACACGUUGAAUGAGAUUCCUGGGAUUACUUUUAAGUUUUUUUUUUUUUAAAUCCCUAAAUGCAUUUGAACAUAUAGGAUCUAGCCAAAUUCCAAAAGGAAAMGUGAGAUAGUCGAUGCCUGGUAAAUUGACUACAGUAUGACCAUAAGGGCAAAAAGAAGAGCAUAUGCAUUUGGAAAAUGCUAAAUAUGUUGGCAUACGAUAUUAUGGACAGGAUGGAUAUCAUUACAUACUGUACAAUAUGUAUGUAUAGAUGAUAUACAGUUUAAACUGUAUCAACUGCUUAUUUUGAUACAGAGGGAAAAAAAACUAUUCCCCAGCAAUCAUAAUACUUCAAUGGCCUGAAUGAAAAUUGAAAAACAGUUUCCCUUGUGAUGACUUUUGAGACUUGCCACAUGUUCUUGCAUCACAAACCAUGCUCCAUUUUGAUAUAUCCCAUUAUUACAACAAGAUAUGCUAAUCAGAAUGUAAUGARGACAACGACAAAAAAAAUCAUAUUUUGUAUUUUUAUAAGCAUUUAACCAAAACUAUAAAUAUGUAAUUGAGCCAGUUUUGUCUUUUCUGUUAUUUUGUGAAGUGUCCCACUGGGCACACACUGGUUGAAUAAGCGUUGUUUCCACGUCAUUUCAAUGAAAUCAUGUUGAACCAACUUGGAAUAAACGUUGAKUUGAUGMCUGUGCCCAGUGGGAUUCCUGUGCACCUGCGGUUUUAUUUGCUUCUGUUGUGCUUCUAUUGAUAGAAAACACCCAAGAAGGGGAGGUGCCUUGGUAAAGUAAUCAUGCCGAAAUGCAUCAGAUAGUUUYAGUGCCUCAUUUGCAUAAAUAUGCAGAUGGGAAACCGAUUAACCAAUCAUGUAAAAGCAUAUAAUCACCAGUCAAUUUGAAAAGAAAAAGUAGAGCCACUGUUCAAACAGCAUUGUUGAUAUGCUCUCUCCUAUGCCUAUGUGGGAAUAUCUUUCACUUUACUUUCAUUUCCUUGAUGAAUUAUUUUAUUGCCCUGCAGUUCUACAGGGAAGUAAUAUAGUAUUGGCAGCUACAGUUUCAGAAUGAUCAAUGAUCCAAUUCAAUGUGGAUUAUUCAAUGGGGGAUCGGGUGCUUUCAAAAAUCGUACAAAAAUACAGAACCUAUAAUGAACACCGUAAGAGUCCAUAUUAAAGUAUAGUAUUCAGUAUUCUUGUCUGUAUGCUUCUGCACAAUGUAGGCACUAUAACUAUUGCACUGAGGCCAAGGCGCCUUUCUAUAUGCAGUACCAUUUUAAUGUGUACAUACUAUUUUUCAUUUGUAUUUUUAAGUAAUUUGGCCUUCAAAAGAUUGACAUCUAUUAUUGUACACUAUUUUAUACAUGUGUUUUCUGCACACAGAACAGUUCAUGUCUGUAAAACAUUUUUUGACCUGUUUCCUCAGAACAGUAUUUAUAAAUAUACACCUUGUGSCUUUUGUUGUUUUUCUGCCUCUAACAAUGUAUCAGCCAUGGCGCUUACGUCUKAAUUGUUAUAUUUCAUCURCACAUUAAAGAGGUUUAAUGACUUUA